GUGUUCACCGACAUGAUGGAGUUGAGUGGCCUCCAUCUGGCACUGGAGAAAUUGGAGGACUCUGCCUCUGCUUCCCUGGAUCGCUUGACCUCGUCCUUUCUCGUUUGGUUUUCGGUGCCCUGGAAAGUCAAGAGUGUGAUGCGCGGGGAGAGCGGUGAAGCCAUUGUGGGAUCUGGCACGGGAGUGGCAGAUGAUAUUGUCAAUGGCAGACAGGAUGGAGGGGGCAUCAAAAGUCCUGCUAGUCCCCCCUUGAGUGCUGCAGCAUCGCAGGUAUCGUUGGCCCAGAGUGACCUGACCAUCAGUGACCCUGACAUUGCUGCAUCGUCGGCCUACUCUUCCGCUCCCCCUUCCAGACCCCCUUCGUCUUCACAAAUGUCUCUGGCGACGAGCGACUUUACGAACAGCGAAUUAGAUCUCGCAAUGCCGUCCUCCGCUCCUUCUUCGGCGCCUUCGUCCAGACCUCCGUCGUCUUCGGAGAUGACCAGCACCGACAUUGCCCUGCCUGCACCCGAAGAUUACACAGCCGAAACAGUCGAAUUUCCGAGAAGCCCCAUGGCCCUGAAGGUUGAAGGAGGGAAGGAGAAUGGCGUGUGCUUCCUAGAGCCUGAUGACCUGACUGGGAGUUCCCAGUGUAGUACCACUCCUAGUUCUAUGUAUCUCACUCCCAAUUACAAGCCAGAUGAAGUAGACAAUCCAGAUGGUACUCCCAAGCAGGGUGAUGGCUUUGAGGUUGGUAGUGAUUUGGAGGAGGAUUACUUUGAAGAAUUCCACCUGCCUAACUCUCAUGAGAAUGCUUUUGUAAGGCACAAAAGUUUUCGUCGGAAGGUCAACUUGACUCCUAUUGAUGCUCCAGAUGCUGAAAAGAUCGAAGGAUUGGUCAGGACGGGGGAAUUCCAGAGGCAUGGUAGCAUUCGCCGGAAAAUAACCGAGGAACCUGCCCCUAGUCCCGAAGAUGUUGUCAAGAAUGACAGGUUAUCCUUAGAUAGUAAUGAGAACAUAAAGGACGUAGAAAGUAAUGGCGUGCUGUCAGAAGUAGGAACAUUUGCAAAGGAUUUGAGGGAGAUAGAAAACAUGUUAGAUGAUAAUGAUAAUAUUGGAGAUGACAUUUCAGAUAUUAUUGCAGAUAACAGUUUUUCUAAAGAUGAUCACCCAAUCAGUUUUCGUCCACUCAUCCCAUGUUCCAACACCUCAACUCCAAUACCAGCAAGUGCUAAGUUUAGCAAUUAUGAAACUAUGGAACUGAGUGUCAGUGCUACAGAUGAAAGUGUAAAUGAUGAAAGCAAUGAGGAGAGUUUGAGCAUAGAACAGAGUACUCUUAUGAAAGUCAAAGAGUGUUUAGACUUCACAAAAUACAAGGACUUGUACAAUCUUAGUGGCAGGUUGCAAGAUAUACUGACACCCAAGGAAGUUGAAGAAAUUUUAGUCAAUUCUCAUCGGUACAGCAGCUAUUUUGACAAGGAGAUCAUGGAAGCCUUGCAUACUUCUUUGCAAGAACACCUUAAUAAUAACAGUAAUGGCAAUACUGAUAGUGGGAUUUCAUCCCCAAAGAGGAUGAUUUCUGCUGAGGGAGCUGAACUUGGUAACACUGAUAAAAGUGAAAUCAGAGCUGUGUUGGAUGGUACCAGUGAGCCAAGUAAAGAGAGCGAAGCCAACAGUUCCAAGAGGUCGUCUGAAAUAUUUUUAGAUGAUGAGCUUGAAGAUGAAGAUACAGGCUUUAGGUUUGAGAGGCGUAGGUCACUUCGUCUCACCAAAGAGGGCUUGAAAGAAUUAGAAGUUGAAGGUGUUUUUGUUGAGAGCAAAACUCAAGAUAUUGGUCUUAAGAAAAUCCCAGCACCUGAGUUUGACCUUAGUGGUGGAACUAAUGAAGAAUACAAUGAUGAAAUACCAGACUUUUCAACAGUGGACAUAAAUGACACUUCAAAAUCAGAAAAUAAUGGAAGUUCAAGUGCCAAAUCAAGUGAAAUCCCCAAAACUCAAGCAGUUCAUGUUCCCCUCCCUGAUAUUGUGAUAACUAAUGUAGGUGAUGAGCCUGAACAUAGUAGAAAUGAACACAGCAGUUUAUCGGGACUGAUAUCAGAGGUUAGCGGAGUUUCAGAAAUCACAACACCAAACUUGGAUUCUUCAGGAAGCAAGUUUGAGUAUGAAACUCCAGGUGAAGAGAGGCCUUCUAGCUUGAACUUUGGAAUCCUCAGUCAACGAAAAAGAAUUUCUGUUGCAGAUGACAUAUUGCAAUCUCCGAUUGAGGAUGACAAUAUUUCUGUAGCCUCAGCCUUCAGCUGCAGAAGCGAUGGAGAGGAUGACAUUGAUGAUGACUUCGAAGCCCCAGAAAUACAAAUAAAAUGCAAAAUCUAUCCUAAUUUGGAGCCGAUACCACCUCCACCUGAUCAGCUCAUACCAGAAUUCUCAGCAGCAGAAGAAACUGCGGAAGAAAGACACUGGAGAAGUGUAGUUAUUGGAGGUGUCUGGAGGAGAAUUGACAUGAAGGUCAUUGCACCUUAUCGCAAGUGCGUAAGUCAUGGAGGAUAUCUUGGUGAUACUCAAAAUGCAGUCAUAGUCAUCUGUGCAUGCCAGUUGCCUGAUAGAUCAAGAAGAGAUUACAACUAUGUUAUGGACAAUCUUUUCUUGUAUGUAUUGUCAACUUUGGAGCAGUUGAUUGCAGAUGAUUAUGUUCUGGUUUAUUUAGCUGGUGGUACCCCAAAGUCUCACAUGCCAAACUUUCACUGGCUAAAAAGGGCAUAUCAAAUGAUUGAUAGAAAAUUGAGAAAAAAUCUAAAGGCCCUUCACGUUGUACAUCCCACGUUUUGGGUGCGGACUGUAGUGGCAUUUUCCAGACCAUUCAUAAGCACGAAGUUCUACCGAAAACUGUCUUUUGUGAAUAACUUGACAGAAUUGGCUCAGAUGGUACCAUUGGAUCAGCUUGAUAUUCCAGAUGCUGUUAAGCACCACGAUGAAAAUAGGAGAACCAUCUUAUCUAUGCUGGGCUUAGCUCCCUCUCAUCCAGGUAAAGCUUGAAAGCCCUUGGCUCUUUGACCCUUUAAAAUUUUUAGAGAGCGGACUUUGAACUGAUGAUCAAGGAGAAAAAGAAAAAUAUGUUGAAAAGUCGUGGAUCUUCAGCUACAUCAAGAUGAGUUGAAAGAACUCGGAAAUUGAGAAAUACUUGUGAACCAUUGGCAUCGGGAGGCUGUAAAUAAUGAGAACCCUAAGAUACCAGUGAAAAGCUAAUUAAACAAAGGUUUUACUUUGCCUUAACUAGCUGCAUUACUGCUCUUAAGAGGAAGAGCCGAUAUCAAAUUUGUUUGAAACCAUAAGAAAUGUUGUAAAUAGUAAACUAGGAGGGAUUAAAUUAUGAUACUUCUCAUGAGUUCUUCGACAGUUCUUUCAUUCACUUUUGGAAUCUUCGUGAUAAAAUGUGAUAACAGUGAUGGGUAUACCCAAAACUUUGUUGUAGUUUAGGCAUUAACCACACUGACAGUUCUUACGAAAAUUAAAGUUGUAAGUAUGUAGAUAUAAUUUAACAUUGAGAUAUUUAUCUAUAGCAAUACAAGGUGGUUGUAUAGAAUUCUUAAUGUUGUACAUACUUAGUUAUUUUAGAAAUCAAGUAGUACUGUAAUUAGUUAUCAUGCUUCUUGAUUAAUUCUAGAAAACCAAUCGAUGCUUUUAUUCAUUACUAUUUAAAAGCUUACAAGACAGGUUUCAUCACUAGUCUUUCAGCAGUAACCCAAUUUCAGAUGGUUUUUAGAUAAUACGUAGCCUGUUUCCCUUAAAACCUUAUGCUAAUAUGCAUUAGGUUUGGAAACUGCAUUAUGCUUUUUUUCGAGUAUGGUAGAGUCGAAUUUUACCUUAACAGCAGAAGCAACUACUACUUUAAAUCAUUGUAAUGUCUAUAUAUUUAUUUUUUUUGUAUAAUAAAUAUUACAGAAACUAG